AUGACCGCACUGGCUCCGACGGACGACACUGACAACGUCCUUGAACUCAAGAACGUAUCCAAAGUCUUCGGGGGCGGACUGCUUCGCCGCAACAUCACGGUCGCGGUCGACGACGUCAGCUUGGGCAUCCCUCGAGAGAACCCCGGCAUCAUCGCCGUGGCUGGCGAGAGCGGCAGUGGAAAAACUACCCUCGCUCGCUUAAUGCUCGGCAUCAUCCCGCCAACCGAAGGUGCAAUCUACUUCAACGGACAUGACAUUGCUUCGUUGGGCCGAUCAGAUAAGCGGGAAUUCCGCCGUGAGGUCCAACCAAUUAUGCAAGACCCGUUUGAGGUCUACAAUCCCUUCUACAAAGUCGAUCACGUCAUGAUGGCGCCCGUGACCAACUUCGGAUUGGCACGUUCGAAGAGCGAGGCGCGCGAUCUCGUCGUCGAAUCUCUCGAAACCGUCGGCCUGCGCCACCAAGAGACACUAGGGCGCUUUCCGCACCAAUUGAGCGGUGGUCAACGCCAACGCAUCAUGGUCGCCCGCGCGUUGCUGCUUAAGCCACGUGUUAUCGUCGCCGACGAGCCAGUGUCGAUGGUCGACGCGUCGUUGAGAGCCACGAUUUUGGGUAGCAUCGACUUGCUCAACAAAGAACUCGGGAUCGCGGUGAUAUACAUCACGCACGACUUGACGACAGCAUUCCAAAUCAGCGACAACAUCAUCGUGAUGUACCAAGGGUCCGUGGUUGAGACCGGACGCGUCGAGGACGUGAUUCAGGCUCCUCAGCACCCUUACACGCAGCUCUUAGUUGAAUCUAUCCCUCGUCCCGACCCCAGCGAGCGUUGGGGCAGUGACAUGGCUUCUCAAGAAACCGGCGGCGCGUCGACAGAGGUCGGAUGCCGGUUCGCACCGAGAUGCCCGUACGCCAUGGCCGAGUGCACGGAAGAAAUGCCUCCGCUAUAUCGGAUCGGAGAUACGCAAGCAGCUCUGUGUUACCUGCACCGCGACUCUUCUCUCGGCAACGUGCAGAGCAUCUCGGACGUCUUCAAGUCCAGCGUCUGA